GUCCCUCUGAAGGUCUUCUUCCCCCUUUCACGAAGGUUAGCCGAGUGCCGGACAGGGAAAAAGCACCGUCCCCUAUGUGCUCCCAACAGCAUACUUCUUUUACACGUAUCUCUUCAAAAACAGCAACGACAAAAGCUGAACCCUGAUUUUUUCUUCUGAGGAAAGCCGCAAUGCAGUACUCUAUUGUUGUCCCCGCCUACAAGGAGAGCGGCAAUCUGGAGCCGCUGACUCGGCAGGUCUUCGCCGCAGUGAAGGAUCAAGGAUUUCCAGUGGAAGCAACAGAGAUGCUGAUUGUCGAUGACAACUCGCGCGACGGCUCCGUCGAGGUAGUUGAGAAGCUGCAGCAGGAAGGCUUCAACGUGCGCAUCGACGUCCGCACGACGGAGCGCGGAUUGAGCAGCGCCGUAAUUCAUGGUCUGCACGCGACGAGCGGGACCUACAAGAUCGUCAUGGAUGCUGACCUGCAGCACCCUCCCCAGUCGGUCCCCUCGCUCUUCAAGGCGUUGAGUCGUGACGGGGUAGAGUUUGUCUGCGGCACGCGCUACGGGGCCGGUGUUGAAAUUGACAAGAGCUGGCCGGCACACCGUCGCCUUAUUUCCUGGGGAGCGCGCAUCCUGGCGCGGCCCCUCACCUCCCUCUCGGAUCCCAUGUCUGGCUUCUUCGGCAUCCGCGAUGAAGUGUUCAAGCAGCACGCGAAAGAGGUGAAUCCGAUUGGGUACAAAAUUGCUCUGGAGCUGUUCGUGAAGUGCCACGUGCAACGCUUCGAGGAGGUUAGCUUCAACUUUGCCACCCGCACCUAUGGCGAGUCGAAGCUGACAGGAAAGGUCAUUCUUAACUAUCUUCAGCACCUGCACGCCCUCUACGUGUACAAGCUGGGGCCGCUCUUCUACGUCCUUCUCUUAGCAGCCGUACUGCUGGCACUUUACGUUCCAUGUGCUGGUUGCCGACUCAUCUUCUCACGGUGA